AUGGCUCUUGCAGAUCUAAGGGAAUUGAAGGAACAACUGAAGUACAUGAUCAAUAAAGGCUUUAUUAGGCCAAGUACAUCCCCAUGGGGUGCUCCGAUUGACUUGCGAUCCGGUUAUCAUCAGCUACGAGUCAGGGAUAUUGAUAUCCCAAAAACAACAUUUAGGACGAGGUAUGGCCAUUUUGAAUUCCUUGUCAUGUCUUUCGGGCUUACAAAUGACCCAGCAGCCUUUAUGGAUCUUAUGAACUGGGUAUUCAAACCAUUCUUUGAUGAAUUUGUGAUUGUGUUUAUUGACGACAUCCUGAUAUAUUCACGAUCGGAAGCCGAGCAUGCGGACCACUUGCGAGAUGUAUUGCAGACUCUCCAGGACUACAGGUUAUAUGCUAAAUUCUCUAAAUGUAAAUUUUGGCUAACUUCUUUAGCUUUUCUUGGUCAUGUUAUUACCGGUGAUGGUAUCAAGGUUAAUGGCCAAAAGAUUGAAGUUGUGAUGACUUGA